AUGGGUUCUUGUUAAUGCAAAUAGCAAUCGAAAGAAUUAGAAUGCGAUGUAAUUAUAUGUCUAAACUCAUGUAGGAACAUCGAUAACCUUAUAAAGACAUAUAUGAAGGUACUCAAGGUUGCUUAAGUGAUUAUGAAUUGAUUCAACCUCCUUUGGGAGAAGGAGCAUUUGGAGUGGUUUGGAAAGCAAAACAUAAAGCCAGUGGAUAACUUAGAGCGAUAAAGCAAAUAAACAGUAAACACUCUGAAGAAUAUCAAAAUAUUAUCAAUGAAGUUAACAUAUUGAAAUCACUUGUAAACUAAAAACUAAGUUUAGGAUCAUCCAAAUAUCAUUAAGAUUUAUGACUUUUUUGAAACUAAUUAGAAAUUAUACAUAAUAACUGAACUCUGUACAGGUGGGGAAUUAUAUGAUAAAUUAAUGGAGAUUCAUAAUUUUUCAGAAAUAGAUGCUGCAAAGAUAAUGAAACAAAUCUUAUAGGCUUUAGCUUAUUGUCAUAAUCAGGGGAUAGUUCAUAGAGAUAUAAAACCAGAGAAUUUAUUGUACGAGAGUGAAAAGAAAGACAGUCAGUUAAAAGUUAUUGAUUUUGGUACUUCAAAAAGAACUACCGGGAAGAAUUUAAGGGAAAUAAUCGGAACAGUAAGCAUAAUUUAAUUUUAAAAGGCAUUCUAUAUGGCACCUGAGAUGUUUUCCGAAUAGUAUAACGAGAAAUGUGAUAUAUGGUCAGCUGGAGUAGUUCUAUAUAUUUUGUUAAGUGGUAGGCCACCUUUUGAUGGGGAAACUGAUGACGACAUCUUUGAAGCAAUAAAAAAGGGAACCUAUUCACUAUCUUCAUCAUAAUGGUUAAGUAUUUCCCCAGAAGCCAAAUAAUUAAUUCGAAAAAUGCUUGAAUAUCAAGAAUCUAAGCGAUAUUCAGCAUAAGAGUGUCUCAAUGAUCCUUGGAUACUCUAAUAUACAAAAGAUGAAGUCAAAGCCCCAGUACUCGAAAGUGUCUUAACAAACAUGAAGACAUUUAGAGUAUUUAUAAUUGUCACAUAUGAUAGACUACUUAAAGAAUUUAAGAAGCUGCCUACAUGUACAUAAUAAAGUAAUUCACAACCAAGGAGGAGAAAGAAGAAUUGCUUAAGACCUUUUAAAGUCUGGAUAAGAAUUCUGAUGGAGUUUUGACAAAGAAGGAAUUACUUGAUGGUUAUAUGAAGAUAAUGCCUGAAUCAGAAGCCGUCUUAGAAGUUGAAUAGAUUAUGCAAGCAGUUGAUAAAAAUAAAUCAGGAAUUAUAGAUUACUCUGAAUUUGUGAUGGCAACUAUCAAUAGGAAAACUGCCUUAACUUAGGAACGAUUAGAAUAGGCAUUUAAAGUCAUCGAUAAAGAUAAUAGUGGAACAAUAACAAUAGAAGAGUUGAAACAAAUGUUUUAGUCUGGAAAUAAACUUCCUUAAGAAACUUGGGAAACUUUAAUGUCAGAAGUUGAUAAAAACGGAGAUGGGUUGCUUUCUCUUAAAGAAUUUAAAGAAAUGAUGCUUCGCUUAAUCUGA